AUGGCGCGCUGGCGAGGCUGGCUUGCAAUGGUCCUGGUCGUCUUGGCGGUGCUAUCGGUACUUGGGCGGGCAACGGAGGAAGGAACGGGGCUAGGAAGCUCAGAGCGUCCCAAUGUGCUCGUGCUUUUGGUGGAUGAUCUCGGGUACGGGGACUUGGCCUGCUUUGGCCGUGAAAAUGUCAGCACACCCAAUGUCGAUAGCCUGGCCCGAGAUGGAACCAAGUUUGUGCAAUGGAUCAGUGCCGCCUCUGUCUGCAAGGAGCACACCAUUGGUGAGAUGCUGCGCACCGUCGAUUAUGCCACCGGCAUGUCAGGCAAAUGGCAAGGCACGGCUGAGGAGGUUCAGUACUGCAUGAUUAUGGCCAACAACACCAUCGUUGAACAACCCACAAACUACGAUAACCUCACUCAAUCUUACGUGCACGUUCAUUCACCGCUCUUCUCUUCGCCCGCCUUUUUUAAUGUGAGCCGCGGUGGUCGAUUUGGUGACAACGUGGAAGAAAUGGAUCAUAGCGUCGGCCGCAUCUUGAAUACGCUUGAUGAGCUUGGUAUCGCCAACGAUACACUGGUGAUCUUGACGUCGGACAAUGGCCCGUUUGCAGAGGAAGGCUGGGACAAGGCUGGGCGCACUGGUGGUCUAAAGGGCUCUAAAGGCCAAACCUAUGAGGGUGGUAUCCGCAUGCCUGGCUUGGCUCGCUGGCCGGGCCGCAUUCCCGCGGGACGCGUGUCCAAUGCUCCCAUUUCUACGCUUGACAUCAUGCCCACGCUGGCCGAGCUCACUGGAGCCUCCUUGCCGGCGGAUCGCCUGAUCGAUGGCAUGAGUAUCCUCAACGAGCUAUAUGGCCAGGAGGACCCUGCCGUGCGCAAUCGUACCAUGUGGCACUAUUGUGGUCACAAUGUGACUGCUGCUCGCUUUGGGCGCUACAAGCUGCAUUUUGCCACUCCCGUAUGGACCUCUGAUGCUCGUCCCUCCCCCCUGUGCACCGAGUGCUGUCCCUAUGGGCCGACCAAUUUCAACGGUACCGGGGGCUCCUUGUGCGAUUGUGCCGAGGAGAAUCUGCUGUUUCAUGACCCUCCAUUGGUUUUCGACAUGAUCUUGGAUAUGGAGGAGAAUUAUCCGUUGAGCGCGGCCAACAUUACCAAUUUCGAUCAGCUUGUCGCCUCGGCCAAAUCGGCUCUCGCUGCACAUUAUGCCACGGUCCAGCCGUUUCCCAACCAGAUGUUAUCUCUACCCGUUCCUGCGCUAGUGCCUUGCUGCGAGGGCUCGUGGGUCAACCACGAUGCUUGCAUGUGCCAGCGAUAUCAAGAGGGCCACGUUUAUCCGUGAUAGAUUGUCUUGACCACAGGCAAGUCCUAAACCAAAUGCACCACAGCGGUCGGAUUGUAUACGGAACAUGAGGACUCGUGAAAUGUACAAAUAACCGCCAGGCUCAUGUGUCAUAUCAAUCGAAGCGAAGAUUGAA